ACAAAAGUUUGCCGUUGGGAUUCGCGGGCGUAGAUCAGUCCCUCUGCUACCUCGUGAGUCCAUGGCGAUGGCGGAAUCCUCACGAUGCUUGUGGGUGCCAAUUCUCUAGGGGUAUGUGUACCCGUGGGCCGGCUUCCUCCUCGACCCUCCGUUGCUGCUCCACUCUCUCACCCUGGCCUCUAUGUGGCGUCUGUGGUAAGGAUCACCAUCAAUCAAUUGCGAUGGAGAGUAUCUGCAGACUGGGGGCAAUGAAGUUUCACACAGCCCUAAUCGCUGUUCUUCUCUUGACUUUCUUAAGUGCAAGCCAAGCGCGACUAAUAUCUUCAGAUGCAUCGGACGUGUAUGAGAAACUCGAGACAUUCGGGUUUCCUGAGGGCUUGUUGCCUCAUACCGUCACAAACUACAUCCUAGAACCAAGUGGGAAAUUCACGCUCUAUUUGGAAGGUAGGUGUCCUGUUCUCAUUGAAGACAAGUAUCCGCUGAUCUACGACAAGGUGAUCACUGGAAUGCUUUCGUAUGGGAGGCUGCAAGGCUUGAAAGGCAUCUCCGUGAAAGCGUACUACGUAUGGUGGAGCAUCACUGGAAUUGCGCUAGGUGACGACCACAGCCUCUUCUUUGAGAUUGGGAUAUUGAGCGCGAGGUUUCCUUACAAUAACUUUGAUGACCCGCCUGUUUGUGGAAUGAGAUCAUCUGCCGAGGCAGCUUUCAUGGAUCCUAUUCCACUUCAGUAGAUGGUUUUCAAUCUUCUAGACAGUUAAGCAGGUCAUUGUUUAGUGGUGGUUUGUUCUUACUUCUUUGUUGCCAUUUGCGGGGUUUGGUUAUUGCCACACUCAUCUAGGUAUACCAUGUAGGCAUACAGUCUCUAGUUAGAAACUUGCAGGGGGAGGAUCUCGAUUUAUUUUUAUUUUUAUUUUUUUUUUUUCGAAAUGCGAGAAGGUGCAGUCCACUAGAUCUGAUACUCAGGAUCCCGUUCAUUAUAGUCUGCAGAUAGAUUCAUAGAUUUUGUUAUUUUCAUGAUCUUCUGUAAUCCUACAAUUUUUGGCAUGAAGAAAUUGAAGGUUUAAGUACACUUUUUUCCAAA